AUGAGAUUAGCCCUGCACACUGUUAUCUGCUGCUGUGUUUUCACCACUGUCCUGCCACUGGUAAAAGGUGCCACAGAGGAGCUCAACACCAGCCUGAAAAAAAGGCUUAUAGUAUGGCUGCAGAACCGUAUGAAGAGAGAUCUGCGCAACUGCUUAGUUGCCAAUGAGCUGUACUCUGAUAUCCAUGUUGGACCACAGCAGGACGGGAAUGCAAUAACUGUCUCACCUACAUCAAGCUUUGGACUAAAUAUCAGACCCAGGAGGUCUCCAUCAUCCAAAUCAUCUGGCUGCGCCCUAGUCACAUGUAUAUACCACGACCUGCUUGACCGACUGCAACGCCUCCAUGACCAAAAAGAGCCAAAUGCCCCUAUGAGCAAGAUUGGCUUGAAUGGCUACGGACGCCGACGCCGCUCACUCCAGGAAGUCACUCUGCUUGCCCUCCAGACAAGAAGACAAAGAAGGAACACUAAAGCUGGUCAGCAACUCCGCAGACACAAAAGCACACGCACAAUGGCCUAAGACAGGAAUGGAAAGGCAAAGGAGAAUCCUUGUUGGGGUUAUUUGCUCACAGCAGAUGAAGAUAAGUCCCCUCAGAGGUUUUAUUCCACAGAUUUACAACUAGAUAUAUGGAAAGAAUGGCUGCUACAUCUGUACAGUCCUUCAGAGGAAGAUUUGCUCAGGUCACUCACAUAUGUGAAAGCGAGAUUCCAAUAACAGAUACUGUUUAUGUAUGCUUAAGUGCAGGUUUCAGUGUGUCUGAACAAGUGUGUGAUUUAUGGCUAAAUUCAAGUCAGACUUGUACGACUUGACAAGAAUGUCUGUCUCUUCUUCAGCUUCCAAAGUGUGCUUGGCAGCUGAGACAGAAGACAAUCCCUGAAGACCUUCUCUAACGUACCCAUGAACUGAGGAGGAACCGAGGCCACGAAGGGGGAGGACUUUUUUUAAUCAAGAAACAUACAUUACUGGACCCCAAACUGCAACAAGCAGGAACCUACCACAAGUGAACUGAAUGUGAUGAACUGCUUGUGAAGUGCAGUUUAUACAUAGUCUAUACUUUAUACUAGGCCUAUAUAUAGUUAAAAAUAUGUAAUUAUCAGCUUGUAUAUAAGGAUAUAUAAAGCCACCUUAUAUUUAAGCAUACAAUACAACUAUAUUUUUAUACAGCCAAAAUACAUAUUAAACAUGUCUCUUUGUGAAUUUUAACUUCAAUGAAGUAUGUAUCUUAACUGUGUAAAUAAUUAUCUUGUCCUGUAUUCUUCAUGUGAAUUAAGUCCAUUAUCACAGAGUUAUGUGUUAAACCAACUGCCUUAACAUUACUGUGGAGAUUAUACUGUGGUGGUUAUAAAUGAAUCAUAUUAGAGAUGUUUUACAGACAUUUGUUGGAUGGUGAAUGUCAUCUUAAAAACAACUUCAAGUUUUUGGCCAGACGUUGGAAGCUAUGGAAAGUGGCAUAAAGCCUUUUUGCUAUAAAUUAGAAGGACUGAUGAGAUAAUAAAAGUGUUGUGCUGCCAUCUAGCUUUACACUAGGCAACAUGUAAAAAAAAUGCAGGCCGAGCUGUUUCAAAAUCAAUGUAGCUUCAACAAAGCACUUACUGUGGUUAUGCUGAAUGUUUUAUCUUAACAGUCUUAGUUGGAAAUUGAUCUGCUUUUUCUUUUGAAUGCAAUAAACCCUAAUUAACUCAUAGUUCAGCUGAAAUUACUUGACAUGGUAUUAGGUAACAUGAUUUAUGUCUUGUGAUAAACAUGGCAGGAAUUGUAAU